UCACGAGAGAUCAAAAGAUCAGAAAAAUUACAUCAUGAACAUAUAUAAACACGGGCAGCAACUGAAACUGGAAACAAGCUGAAGAGGGAUAUUGGUAAAAGACUUAAAACUCGUGACGGUAAAAAUUGGUAAAACACGUGAGUGACGUGACGCUCUGUGUCAUUGAUGACAGCGUGACGGACCCGUGACCUUAACGUGACGUGAACGGAUCUACAUUCAUUUGUGAAGUUCAAAGUAUAGAAGGCUAAAAGAUCGGAAUAUAUUUUCAUGCUUGGGCCAGAUGUCAAUUCUGUUCACAGUGUCUUUAUCCUCAAUUCAAUGUCCCUGAUCUCCCACAAUGUAAACGAUCAUUUUCGUGAGAGUGGGUGCCUGGGGGCAUCAAUCGUCUUGUCCAGUCUACUCCCGGGAACAGGAAGUAAUAGGCCUGGUACCGAAUUCACAGCCAUGCAAAACAUGAUCGACAUGAGGUAACUCACAAAUUCUGCGACGCUUUUGUGGUCUUUUUAACUGAAAGAUGGAAAAUCCCGAAGCAGCUGUGGUGCUUAAUGGUUCUCAGUUGUCGUUUGUUGGCCAAGAGGCUGAGAGCAUGCCAGGAAUUAUUGGAAGCAAAUAUGGGAAGGUGAUCACAAGAUUGGAUCUGAGCUCCAAUCAGCUAAGAACACUUAAUGGCCUCAACAGUUUUGUGAAACUUGAGGAACUCAUCCUUGAUAACAACCAGCUGGGAGAUGACAUGGAAAUUCCUGAAUUGACUCAUUUGCACACACUCACAUUAAACAAGAAUAGAAUAGCCAAUCUAGAUGUACUCUUGGACAAGAUUUCCAAGAAUCUCCCUUCGUUAAAGUACAUUAGUCUGCUAAAUAACCAAGCCUGUCCAAACGAGCUCUCAUCUUCACUCAGGGACGAGGAAGACUAUCAGCGAUACAGAUAUUACAUCCUUUAUCGCUUGCCGAAUUUAACAUUUCUCGACUCAAGACCUAUUAAAAAGGAGGAGAAGGAUGAAGCACAGAGAGUGGGUGCAUACAUGAAGAUUGUGGCUCCUUCCUCUGAUGAGUUGGCUUCUCAGUACGAAGAGAGCAUGGAAAGACCACAUUACACUCCAUUACCCAACAACUCCAUAACCCCAGGAGAUCACAGAGGAACCUUUGGGCGUAGCCGGUUCAUCUACCAAGGCAAGCAUUCAGAAGGAAACAGAUUUAUAAGAAACAAUGAACUUUAAGUCGUGUGGGCACUUUAAGUAUUAUUUUAUAACAAAUUAUUUUAGUUUUUAAGUUAAAGGCUGGGAGUACUGAAAAGAUGCAAUGGGAGAAUACAGUCAACCUCCUAUAAGUGGAUUGGCUUGGGACAUGAAAAAGUAUUCGUGUAAGGGAGUUGGCUGUGGGAUGGGAGGUCAUACAUGAAGUGUCUCGAUAAUUAUAUAAAGUGGCGACGAGAUGAUCACUAAGUGUCUAUUAACAAGAGGUGUCUGCCUUUGGGUGACCAGUGCAUUAGUGGGGUACAACUGUACAUGUUUGUCCUGGCACUUUGCCUCCCUCACAAUUCAGUGUGGUAUUCAAUAGGCUACAUAUCAGACUAAGCCAACUGCUGGUAAAGUUUGACUUCAAUGUAGGAUUAGGGUUUUAUUUUUAUGUCGCAAAAAUGAAACUUAAUAAGGUCUAACCAUUAGACUUGCUGACUGAAUGAGUCAAUCAGCAUUCUAAGCCAUAAUUCCUGUUUUAGAUUUUGCUCUGGAUUGUAUAGAGUUGUACAAGUGUUUUUUCUUUUUUUUUUUGAAGUUGCAGAACUCAGCUUACGCUGACAGUCAGCUAACAGUUAAAUGUAAAACCAUUUUUCAUGUUAACGAAUUAUUAUUAAAGAAGACACAUGUGUUGCCUAUA